UCGGGUUACCUUGAUUCUUGGAGAGCGUACGCAGAAAGAGUGGCUGUGCGUUUUGGUGAAAUUAGCAGUUAAAAAGUGCUCCUACGGGCAGCAUCAGGCUCUCUUGGCCAGGAAGUAUUCAUCCGCCAAUGCCAUGGAUGAGGAGGAAACCUACCAGAUCGAGUGGAUUCAGAGCGAUGGGGACGACGGGGAGGUCCUGGAUGAUGGUGACAUAAUCCAGGAGGUACCCGAGGAUGACGGUGUGGAUAUGGAUCCGGGAACACUCAAUGAAGAUGACAUAAUUGAAGAAGUGGACGACGAUGAGUACAUUGCUGCGAUGUCGGAUCAUCUUCAGCAUGAUUCCGCCGGGAAUCUCGUGUACAUGUCACAGGACGGAUCGAGCAUGGGCAACAUCAUUGAGGAGCACGUGCAGGAGGCCGAAGUGGAGGAGUACACAGAGCAGCAGCAGUUUGAUGGGCAGGUGUGCGAGGAAGUUGUCAUUGACGAGAGCGGCGUGCCGGACGACAAGAUGGAGAUUCUGAUUGACAACAACGGAAGUGUCGUCCAGGACGGUGGGCAAGUGGACGAGGAAAUUGUACCGCUGCCGCCGCAAGAUGAAUACACAACAUCACGGCCGUAUCCGUGUGACUUCUGCAGUCGCCGCUUUAGGAAGAAAGCCAACCUCAUGAAUCACAUGGUGGCCCAUCAGACGGACAGGCCUCAUGUGUGCAACCUCUGUGGCGCUCGGUACAUCCGCCGCUGUGACCUGCACAAUCACUUCAAGAUCCACGCUUACGCACCAACAGACCACGAUCUCGGUGGCACAGAGUUCCUCGCCGGUCACAACGACGAGGAGGAAGAUGACGAGGAGCAGGACAAGAAGCCCUUCGUGGAGUACUCCACAAUGUCGGUGAGUCCGCGGAAGAAGGUGCAACAGGCAUCGCCGCGUAAGAGGACGCUGAAGGUGGGCAACAAUGCUCGUGAAAUGCCCAAAUACGACUAUGUGGAUGAGGACAUGAAGCUGGUGUGUGACUCAACACAGCCGGCUCAGCAUGAGGAGAUUUAUCCGAUGGUUGAGCAAUUUCCAGUAACGGAUCCAAAGAAACCAUUUGUUUGUCAACACUGUGGAGUGUCCUUUGCCCGUGAGAAGGCUUUGGCCUCACACGCUAGGAUGCACGGCGGGGAUUCACCCUACGAAUGCGAGACAUGCGGCGAGAUGUUUUGGGAUCCAAUUCGCUUGCGAGAGCAUCAGAUGACGCACAGAAUGGAUCAAGGUAGCACUUCUGAGUAUGAUGUUGUGGCGAAUGACGAGGAGACAGAGUCAGAUUCCGGCGAGGGUGAGGAGAAGUUUGGGGAUUUCUACUGUGACGUGUGCGGAAUGUGUUUCCAUCGUCAUGCCCUGCUGAAGCGCCACGCAAGGGCACAUGUGAAGAAGGAAUUGGUGGAUAAUGACAUCUCCAGGCACUGCUGCAAUGUGUGUGGAGAGACUUUUGCAGAGGCGCUGGAUUUGUUGGCUCAUGCUGAAGUGCACGCACGCUUUCAGCCCUUCAAGUGUAUGCUUUGUGGCGAGACAUUCCUGGAUGAGACGACCAUCAAGGAGCACAUUGACACGACUCACGCUGACGAGUUGACAAUACACUCGUGCCGAUUGUGUGGCAAGGUGUGUCGUGACAGUCGAUCACUGAUGAAGCACGCGUGGGAUCACUCCAGGGAGAAGACACAUUCCUGCUCCAAAUGUGCCAAGACGUUUCACAACAAGGCGCGCUUGAAGCGCCACAUGAUGUCGCAUCGCAACAAGUCCGUCACGUGUGACGUGUGUGGCGAGAAGUUCCCGGAUGGUCGGAGUCUCAUGAACCACCGUCACUCGCACACAAAUGUGUCAGGGCGACAGUUUCCGUGUCGGGAGUGCGGCAAGACGUUCGGGUCGCGCAGCUCGCAGCAGAUCCACAUUCGCAUCCACACUGGAGAGCGUCCGUACGGAUGUAAAUACUGCUGGAAGGCGUUUGCCGAUGGUGGGACUCUGCGGAAGCACGAGCGUAUUCACACUGGGGAGAAGCCGUACGCGUGUUCCGUGUGCCCCAGGGCGUUCAAUCAGCGAGUCGUCUUGCGGGAACACAUUAGAUCACAUCACUCAGCUCCGGAUUCACAGCGCGGCACCACAAUCACUCCAUACUACUGCGAGGUGUGCUCUGAGAUGUUCGCCCUGCCGACGGAGCUCAUUCAGCAUCUCAUCCAGCACAGUGAUAUGAACACACUGGCCAAGAGACAGCCACCGACGGGUCCGCGGAAGUACAAACGACGCCGCAAGUUGAAACCCCAUGAAUUGGAACGACUUCGCGCGCAGCGCUCUAAGAACUCUGAUGUGGAUUUGUCAGAGGACGAUCCCAUGCAAUCAGAGGUGGGAAUGCAGGAGAGAUAUCAAGCGUCACCGGUGGUGGCACAGGGCAAUUCUGCCGGCAAUCGCCAAGGUGGAACACCUGCUCGUCGUUCAAGGAACACUUUCAAUGUUGAUUCAUUGGAAGAUCGUCAAAUGCUGCGCUCGUCGGAAGACUUUGAGACGUCCGUGGCGAAAUUCGACCUGAAUAAGGGUGCGAAUACGCGCAAGAGGAACCUCGUGGCCGCGUCUCUGUCCGCUGCGGCUGUAGCUAUGCCAGGACAAUCGCGUCCAAAGAUGAUUAGGACGCAGAAGACACGCGUUGCCGUGGAGGAUGGCAAGAGGCGGACGCGCACACUCAUCACACGCACAGCACCAACGGAUUUGGGCUCUUCAGCUGGAUCAGCGAAUCAGGCAAAUAUGACUGCUCGUCAGAAACAGACGCGAGCAAGGAUUAAGAAUGUAAACUAUCACUAUCAGACUGAUAGGAUGAUGAGUCCGGCGACAUUCUCGGAUGUGAAUGAACAGAUCACGCAGGAUGUGAUGAGUGUUAAGCAGGAGCCGGUGGAAAUGACGGCAACGGCCACUGUUCUUGAGCAUGACGGCAGUGGCUUGUCGAAGAGAACGUACAAUAAGUACAGCAUGGAUAUUGUCAACGAUCUUGAGGCAAUUCUCAGGUCUCCCAUCAAACAGUCACCCUCUUCUGGGAGCCAGAGAGAGAUGAAUCAGGUGUCUCCGAGUGAGCCAAGUGCCAAGGGAGCGAGUGCUGCUGGUAGUAAGAGCAGAAGACAACUUUCGACUCCGGGAAAGAAGCGGCUGCAGGCUGAACUGACUGCCGUAUCGGUGUUGCCCGUUUUCUCCAAUGCCAACCUCACGAAGCGUCAGCUGGCUCUCGCGGCGAAGAAGAGCGCCAAGGGAACCAGUGACAAGGAUGUGUUGCUGAUAGCGAAGGAGGAGAAGGACAAUGAAGUGAUCACGGGCGAUAUUGAUGAUACGGGCGUGAUGAAGAGCAACGCUAAGGAGUUCAAGUGCGAAAUGUGUUCAUCCAUGUUCUUCACGCAGGAUGAUCUCUUCACUCACGUGGCAAUUCACAUUUAAGUGUGAGGAUUAGGCAGACCACGAGCAUCACUCUGAGAAACUUUGGUACAUUAAUGGAAGGAUUCAGCAGAGGGAUCUCUUUUAAUUUAGAAACAAAAGUAGGAUACUUAAAUAAUUUGCCAUUUAAAUUUGUAUCUUUUUUUAUCUCAUUUCUUCUCGUUAGAUUUCUAAGCAAGCAAAAAUUGUUUCAAUUUCACGAAAACUUCGUAGAAUUUCGACACAAUCAUUGUGUUUGAAAAUUUUAAUAAUGUUUAUAUGAUUCAGCCAUAAAAUAUAAUCCUAUUUUAUUACAAUACAUUUAAUGCGCGACAUUAAUUGAGGAAACAUAAAGGAUUGUCUUAUCUAUUCAUAUUUUAUUAUUAUUAAUGACAUUGCUAUUGUAUGCUAAUUGGCAGAUAAAAUGUUAAACAAAUGUAGCGGAUAUGAAAAAUAAAUUGUACUACGUUUGGUCGUAGUUCUGAA